GAGGAGAAAUUUAAGUCAACAACACCCGGUUCUCUGCAGCUCCCUCUCCUCUGUUACUACUACAGCUGGUAGCUCCGCAUGCGGCGCUCCGUAGUCAACACCGGGCACACCGCCUUCAGUCUAUAGGCAUGUCGGCCGGAGGCUCCGACGGGACGGCGGACAGGCAGGCAGAUCUCGCUGCAGAGGAGGAAGGCCCCAACCAAGCGGGCUCCUCGCUGCCAGCUGUCGAGUUGCCAAGGAAACGGAAGGGAGACAUGGAGGAGAGGCACAGCGUCGACUUCCAAUUGGAUGAUGAUGAUGACGACCUCAGCAGAUCUGAGGAAGAGGAUCAGCAAGUCAAAAUCCAAUGCUUCAGGGAGCCUCACCGACAGAUCGAGAAGCGGCGGAGGGAUAAGAUGAACAACCUCAUCGACGAGCUGGCUGCCAUGAUCCCCGCCUGUCAGCCCAUGGCUCGGAAACUCGACAAGCUCACGGUCCUGCGGAAGGCCGUGCAACACCUGAAAGUCCUCAAAGCUGGGUCGAGCAGCGCUUUUACAAACACCGCCCACAAGUCUUCAAUCCCGCCUCACGAUGACCUCAGGCACCUUCUGCUCAGGGCUGCGGAUGGUUUCCUCUUAAUCGUAAGUUGUGACCGGGCUAAAGUCCUGUUCAUCUCAGAGUCCGUCUCCAAGAUCCUCAACCUCAGCCGGUUUGAGCUGACUGGGCAGAGCUUGUUCAAUUUCAUCCACCCCAAAGACAUCAACAAGGUGAAGGAGCAGCUGUCGUCUUCGGAGUACCCUUGCCAACGCCUCAUCGAUGCUGCCACUGGGGUUCAGGUCCAGGAGGACGCCCCCAUCACGCCGCCCCACUUGUCCACCGGGGCGCGGAGAUCCUUCUUCUGUCGGAUGAAGCACAGUCAGGUGGCGGGGAAGCAGGAGGACAAACACGUGCUGCCCUGUACCCCCAAAAAGAAAGACACUUACAAAUACUGUACCCUCCACUGCACCGGAUACAUGCGGAGUUGGCCGAGCAGCCAGCCGGAGUCGGAGGGCGAGGCCGAGAAGGAGACCUCGAACCUGACCUGCCUGGUGACGGUGUGCCGCCUCCUCACCCACGUGCCCAACCAGCCUUCCAAAGAUGUCACCAUCAAGCCCUCUGAGUUCGUCACCCGCUGUGCCAUCGAUGGAAAGUUCACUUUUGUAGAACAACAAGCCACGACAGUCAUCGGUUAUUUGCCGCAGGAAGUUCUCGGCACGUCCUGUUACGAGUACUUCCACCAGGACGACCUGCGGCACCUCGCAGAGAAACACAGGCAAGCAGUUCUUCGAAGCAAAGAGAAGAUCGAGACGCAGUGCUACAAGUUCAAAACGAAGUACGGCUCCUACGUUUCGCUCCAAAGUCAGUGGUUUAGUUUCACAAAUCCAUGGACCAAAGAAGUCGAGUUCAUCGUGUCUUCAAACAGGGUCGUCUCCAGGGGGCCUGGUCACACAAAAGAUGAGGAGGCAGGCGGCUCAAAAGCACUUCAGGAGGACACAAAGCAGUUACCCAUAAUUCCCGGCCUUUCCAGCGGUGUGGGCACAAUGAUCUACGCGGGCAGCAUAGGGACCCAAAUCGCAAAUGAGCUCAUCGACUCCUACAGGAUGAACUCCUCCCCAUCAAGCAGAGCUUCCAGUCCGUUUGGCCCGGCCCAGGAGAAAUGUGCACUGGUUUCCCCGCAAACCAGCACCAGUGCAGCGGCUACUUCUACAACUUAUUUUCCUGAGUUUAAUUACACGCUCCAGUGGAGAAAGGUGAAACAUAAGGCCCUGUGCAGUGUUUUCACAUCGCACGACUUCCAGGCAUCCAGCAGAGAGGAGGCGGCAUGCAGUUCCUCACAGUCCCAGUCUGACUCGAGGACCGCAACGAGGACCGCAACGAGCGCCGGCAGCGCAACUUCUGAGAGUUCAGGCCAGCCGUCCCAGCUGGACUUGGACAGCAUGGUGGUGCCAGGCCUGAGCAGCUUCAGCAGCGACGAGGCGGCCAUGGCGGUCAUCAUGAGCUUGCUGGAGACGGACGUGAACAUGGGUCAGUCGGGGGACUUCAAGGAGUUACACUGGCCUUUCUAGAGGGAUGCCCGGUCUUCAAGGUCUCACGCCCUCUCGCGUUGUUCUCUCGCAGAGAACUCGGCCGUUCACUUGUUCAUUCUGUGGCCCGACUGAGCCAGCCUUGCAUAAUUGAACCCACAGGACUUGUACCAUAGGCCGCGACGUAUUGGACUUAAAGGAGAGCUGAACAAGGGUUGAGGGGAAUUAUUGUUACUGUGAUCACCUUGUUGCCCCCCCCGGCUUUCGCAUCAAAGAAUGUGAGGUUAAAGUGUAUGCGGAGCCUGUGGUGAUUCAGUGUCUUCCUCAGUGACACUUCAGCUUAAACCCAGACUCGCUCUGCUUGCCCCCCUUGAGGGGCCGAGGUCUGGAGGAGAAUCAGACUCCUGCCAUGUGCAGUGCUGCUAGAGAAACUCCUCAAACCUCUUGACAUCUGCCAAACCUUUGGUACCCAGUGAUGACCUGCAUGUCUCUCAGGACGUGGUCUGAUUGCUCCAUGUUUUUUAAAGGACACACGUUAAGUCAUGUUUUCUUCAUAUUGUGUCCAGUGAGAACUGGAACCCUUUUCCUCUUCAUGGAGGAUUACAAACUCGUUAAAUCGGCCAAAAUGAAGAUGCGUCAGGCAUCGCACCACACCCAACACACACCCACCACCACCAGGGUUCCAGUUAUCCUCCGUUUGGAAGAUUAUAGCUCGCACAAGCAAACAGACAAGGUUUGAACUGUGUCUUUUAAAAUAAUUCUAUAUGAUUCAAAUGUCUUCGUGUUUGGAAAUUCAUAAGAAAGCAUGUUGGAAAGUUUUUUUCCACAGAAAUUACAAGAGACCGACAUCUGGCACCACCAACACACAACUUCACCAGCUAGCUUGAAUAAGUGCUAACGCUAUCAAAACCAAAAGCAGAAAUGUGUUUUCAAGGCGAAAUCUUUACUUUGUGAACUGUUGGUACAGGGAAAAACAGGUUUUUAGAGGUCUUUGAGGUAAAGUGUCUGGUUUCAUAUUGAAUGGGCACUUAAGGAGUGAGCCCUAGUAUGCCUAUACUGUGAUCACAUAUUUAUUGUACUUCAGAGACGGGACUGUGAAGGUAAUCCAUUGUGCACUGAACUCAUAUGGGUUGUCAUAAGGUAUGGGCGGUCCACCGUGGAUGUGAGAAUGUUUUCUGUUCUUAACAAGGGACAAGCCAACAUGUUUUUUGGUUGUGUCAUGUCUUAUCCUUGCUGUUGGCUCAAACAUACUAUUUGAACAGCCUUACACUGCACAUAAAUUAGCCAUAGUAUUUGUAUUGCCAGGGCGACGAUACUGUUGCAGUCUAUCUAUGCCUGAAUGUCCCUUUACCGCAACAGCCUCUUAUAAAAGAAGAUCCCUAUACUAACAGCUAUUCUGGAUCAAUGCAGUUGUUUGUCUUUGUUUUACAUUCGUUGUCAAAAUCAAAGAUCAAAAUGAAAAACUCAUCAGUGGAGAGGCAGAACAGAGAGAAGAGUUUUAACCCCCUCAUCAGCCUUAAAAAAGCAAGGGUUGUGGCCACGAUCAGGAAUCAUCACGUCACCAAGCUAUUUAUUUUCUCAUGACCUAACUUGGGUAAACCGAUAAAUGCCAGUCAUCUGUGUUUUCACUUUUAAACCCGGUGACGGGCCUCUGUGUGCGGCACCUGUAAACUCUGGUUAUAUCACUGGUUCCUCUAAUCUUGAAAGCAUAAUGUGAUUGUGUUGCCUUGAGCACAUGUCGUGUCUGACAAGGUCCAAUUGUAAAUCAAGCGCUUAUGUGCUCUCUUUGGCUUUAUAAGCAAAACUGUUGGGCGAUGUUUGCUGCUGCCAUCAAAGCCAUAUAUGUGUAAUGGACACUACAGCAUGUUGAACACGCCCCGCUAUGAUAUUUGUAUGUGAAAGUUGUCGUUGAUGUAUCUGCUGUACCGAGGAAUGGAGGUUGGAGUCUUUUAAAAGUAAAACAAUUUUUCAU